CAGUUCGAUACAGACGGAGACAGAUAUAGUUGACGACAGUUGACGAACGCGCGCUUCUCAACGAAGUAUUAGUGACAUACUUUAAUUGUUUUAUCGUGAAAUUACACAUUCCACGACACUAUGGUUUUAUUAGGCGAAGUGUUUCCAGACUUCACAGUGGACACCCAGAUGGGCUCGAUCAGAUUUCACGAAUGGCUGGGCGAUUCGUGGGGUAUCUUAUUUUCGCAUCCAAAUGACUUCACGCCGGUCUGCACAACCGAGUUGGCACGGGUUGUAAAACUAAUGCCUGAAUUCAGGAGAUUGGGUGUGAAAGUGAUAGCAUUGUCCUGUAAUUCAGUUGACUCCCAUCGAAAAUGGAUAGAGGAUAUAAAGAGUUACGGUGAGGUAACGGGCGAAGAAUUUCCAUAUCCGAUAAUAGAAGAUCAAGCCAGAAAGCUUGCCACAUUAUUGGGAAUGUUGGAUCCCGCCGAGGUCGAUAGUCAGACUGGAUUACCCAUGUCGGCACGAGCCGUGUUUAUAAUUGACCCAGCCAAGAAGAUGCGAUUGUCAAUUUUAUACCCAGCCACUACCGGUCGUAAUUUCGACGAAAUAAUAAGGGUAAUUGAAUCCCUUCAGCUCACGCAAAAGUACAAAGUAGCGACUCCUGUAGAUUGGAAGAAAGGAGACGACGUAAUGAUUGAUCCGAGCGUAUCAGACAGUGAAGCCAAAUCUUCCUACAACAAUAUAAAAACUGUGAUGUUACCUUCUGGCAAAACGUAUAUGCGUAUUGUGCCACAACCUCUAGAUGCAUAAAAAAAUUUCGAUGUACAGAAAGAUUCUAAUAAAAUUCAAGCUGCACAAAU